AUGAACAAAAUCACGUAUUAUAGUCAACAAUAUGGACUCAAUAUAAACGUUAAGAAGACAAAGCUUAUGAUAAUUAGCAAGAAAAGGAUAUCAGAAGGUGAACUCUACGUCAACCAAUCUCCUGUAGAAAGAGUGAUGCACUACAACUAUCUCGGUACUAUAAUAAAUGAUGAAUGGACCAACAACCAGGAGAAUAUAGCACGCAUCGGAAAAGCUAGAAUUCUUCGGACAUAUUAUGCGAAAUGAAUCCAGAUAUGCUCUUCUUCAAGCCAUCCUGCAAGGAAAAAUAUUUGGAAA